GAGCGCUGCGAGCAUUGGAAGGAAGGAAGGAUGGGAGCAUUGGAAAGGAGGAGGGAGGGUAGUUGAAGCCUUACGGAAGAAAGUUGUAAGGAGGAGCACUGGAAGCACCAUCGGACAGCAAGGUGGAGGAUUGGAAAGGGGAGGAGGAGGAGGAGGAGGAGGAAAAGGAGGAGGAAUAGGAGGAGGAGAAGGAGGAGAAGGAGGAGGAGGAGGAGGAGGAGGAGGAGGGGGGAAUGCUGGAGAACAAGGAGGAGGGUAGAUGCCAGAGAAAGAGUAAUGGAACAUGAAGAAUGGAGGAGGAAAGAGAGCGAUGAACCAGGAGUGGAAGAGGAGGGUUGAUGUCCGGCAGUGCUUUCAGUGGUCCUGCCAAGGGUUUAGCAGGAGAACUGGAAGCACUACUGGACAUCAAGGAGGAGGAGUGGGAGGGAGAGGAGGAGGAGCAUAUGAAGGAAAAAUGGAAGGAAAGAAGGAUGGAUGGAUGGAUGGAUGUCAUUGGAUGAGCGUUGGAGGGAAGGAAGGAAAGUAGAAACUAAGAAAAGAAAAGAAAAUUCUGGCGUUUUUGCAAAAAAAAAAGAAAAAAAAAAGUAAAAGAGAAAUGAAAAG